ACACAUUAUUUUCUUACCAGCCAGUAACCAGUAAGGCAGUAACCCUCACGCCGCCGUUUGUUUCAUUUUUACCAUUACCACACCAUGGACAGCAUGAACCUCCUCGCCGCCGACCAUGUUGCUCCAUUUCCCGACUCCGGCGACCUUAUCUUCGCCGCCGGCCUCCUCUCCAACCACCACAAUCCCCAAAAACUCAUCCCCAUCAGGUCCAUCCCUCCCCCUCCUCCUCCUCCUGGUUUCCCUGCUCAUCACUCCCCUCCACCACCUUCCGUAAAGGUCGAGGACCCGUCUCGAUCCGGGUCGGGUCAUUCUUCGUUGCCCCUUUGUCAAGAACCCGGCUCGUCUUCGGAUGAUGUGGGCAAUUCAUCUGCCAGUACUAAAGAAUUUGGCUCAAGAAAGAGAAGGAGAAAGAGUUCGAGAAAGCUGGAAGAUUUUGCAGCAAAUUUGGUAAAGAAGAUGACGGAAAAGCAAGAGCAGAUGCAUAAAGAAAUGGUGGAAAUGAUUGAGAGGAUGGAAAAGGAAAGGAUAAAGAGAGAAGAAGCAUGGAAGCGCGAGGAGAUGGAGAGAAUUAAGCAGGACGAAGAAGCUAGAGCGGCUGAGAGGUCUCGUAGUUUAGCCCUCAUAUCGCUGAUUCAGAAACUAUUGGGUUAUGAAAUUCAGAUUCCUCCACCAGCAGAAGGAAGCGGAAUAAGAGAAGAGGAUGAAGUUGAGGUGAACAACAACAACAACAGCCCACCCUUAACCCACAACAUGGGGUCGGCUGAGGUGAACAACAACACCAACAGCCUAGCCUUAAUCCAGUACGUGGGGCCGGCUGAGGUGAGGAAUAAAAGAAAAGAUUUCAACAGCAGCGAUCCAAGUAACAAUAGAUGGCCAGAUGUGGAAGUACAAGCGCUCAUAGCAGUAAGAACCGCAUUGGAACACAAGUUCGGUCAUAUGGGAUCGAAAGGAUCAAUAUGGGAGGAGAUAGCUGGAGCAUUGCAGGGCAUGGGAUACAAUCGUUCUGCGAAGAAGUGCAAGGAGAAAUGGGAAAACAUCAAUAAGUACUAUAGGAGGACAGUGGGGAGCGGCAAGAAACGGCCUGUUAAUAGCAAAACUUGCCCUUACUUCGAUGAAUUGGACAAUCUGUAUAGAAAUGGGUCCUUGGAGAGAAAUGGAAAUGCAUUGAGCAGUACCAACAAUGUUUCCAUAAGGGAAGAAAAGGAGCAGGGUGAAAUUUCAUAAUCAUAAAUAAGGCCUAUGUAAAAUUUUCAGUACUCAUUGUUACUUGGUCGUUUUCUUUCGAAAUACCUUAAUGAGUAACAUUUUUCGAUAAUAUGCCAUCCUAAAUUUUGCAUGUUCUUGUACCAAUUUUUUUACUGAAUUGGUCAGUUUUGUGAGUUAGGCCAA